AAUAAAUAUUUUUCUGUUUAUUAUAAAUAAAAAAAUGUGGCAGUGUACUGUGUGUAUAGAUAAUUAAUUGGCUUUGUAAUUAGCAUUGAAGUAUGUCAGUUAUUAACUUGAACAAUGUGUAGAAUAAAACCUUACGUUAACAAAAGAAAUCUUAAUAUUUAAAUACAAUAAUAUUAGAAAGGCGAUACGUUAUAUGUUUAUCGCUUAUUGUACUUGUUUAUUUAAUAUCUGAAAACUAGUUACACUUAUAUUUUUAAUUAUUUACUAUUUCUAUGAGUAUUAUUUAUGAAUUAAUUGUAUGAUUUAUUCUACAAUCAGAGCAGAGUGCCUGAGAGUAAGUUUCUUGGAAUGUAAUAAAUAUAUAUUGUGAUGAGAUAUUAAAUAACUUUAAUGGAUUCUUAAAUGCAUUAGUAAUAAUAUCCCUUAUCUAUAUACCUAUUUAUGUCAGAGAAGUGUUUACAUUAUAUAUAUUUGUAGUGAUUUUAAACGUUCAACAAUACUUAUGGCAGAAUCACAAUUGCCACCACUAGGUAUCAGACAUCUGAUCGCGUUGAAUCAUAUACUGGUUCGACAGAAGACGAGGCUGAUAAAGAACAAGUACAAGGUGCUAGCUCCUGAUGGCAGCGAGCUGCUGUACGCGAAGGAGGAUUCGAGUGUACUCAACGCAAUGCUGGGCGGCAGCCAGCGCUCUUUUCACAUUGACAUAUUUGAUAUGGAAAACAAAGAGGUGAUCACCCUUCGCCGUCCAUUCACGUUCGGACCGGACAAGAUGGACGUGUCUGUUUGCGGGACGCUGGCUUGCGUGGUGCGGCAGAAAUCCACCUUCCUGAAACCUGUGCUCACCAUUAACGAUGCCGUCGACCGGCCCGUGCUCAAGAUCAAGGGACCUAUCGGCCGCACCGGCAUCUGUGAUUUUGACAUUUUAACACUGGACAAGAGGCAGAUCGGAGUAAUCAGGAAGAAGUGGAACGGAAUGCUGCAGGAGCUGUUGACCGACAUAGACUCCUACGAGAUUCACUUCCCCCUCGACUUGGACGUGCGCUACAAGGCAGCUGUUAUAGGAGCCUGUUUUCUAAUAGAUUUUCUUUUCUACGAGAUCUGAGGAUGUGUCCAUUAUGUAGUCGACGAAUGUGUGCUGAUUGUGAAGACUGCUGACUCUCUGUUGUUCUUUAAAUAUGUCUACUAUUUUAUACCUUCGCCUUGUCGUCGGUGUUAUACGAAGUCUGAUAAAAAAAUAACCGUUAUUUUCAAAUUUCGUAAGUUACGUAUGUUCGAUUUUCGCAUUUUUUUUUCUGUUAUGUUGGUACACAUGUCUGUUAUAUAUGUUGGCAAUAUCAGCCAUUUUAGAUUGUCAGUUUGUUUUUGACAGAUAAAAAGGUUAGUCGUGUUUUGGUGUGCUCUUCGAUUUUUUGCUAUUCGAAAAAAUGGAUCAAAGAAACUGUGUUAAGUUUUGUGUAAAAAAUGAUAUUAAAUGCGCAAGGACAUUUAAAAUGUUAACUGUGGCGUUUGGCGAGUUUGCUAUGAGCAGAACACAAAUUCAAUCGUGGUAUAACCGGUUUAAGGAAGGCCGAGAAGAUGUCAAUGACGAUGCUCGUCCUGGUCGCCCGAGUACGUCCACAACCGAUGAAAACAUUGAAGCAGUGAAGAAAAUGAUUUUGAAUAAUCGUCGAAUCACUAUCAGAGAGGUUGCUGAUAAUGUUGGCAUAUCGUUCGGCUCCUACCGUUUGCGAUACCAAAAAGCGCGUUUUAGAAGUGUUUCGAGGAUUGGAAAAAACGCUGGCAUAAGUGUAUUAUAUCUGGGGGGAGAUUACUUUGAAGGGGACAAGAUGAGAAUGAAAACAGGCCAGUUAGCCCAUCAUGAUGAAUUCAUCCGGAAUUAACCAUGAUAGUUUCCAGGGAGAACGCGAGGAGGUCGAGUUGGUUGGGUAUAUUGCUAGCAAUGGGAUUCUCAGUCUGCAUUACUAACAAUCCCUUUCCCCCUAUUCCAGAUAUAUUCAUCACGGUGGCCUAACUGACCUGCCUUUUAAUUAUUGAUGAAUAAAUAAAUACUUAUUGAAAAAAAUUAAAAUAACAUUUAUUUUUUGAUCAGACCUCGUAUUUAAAUAUAUAUAAUGUUUAUCAAUGUUAUGUUUGUGCGAUGGCAACACUAGACGAGGCGGCCAUAUUGUGGAGAUGAUUAAAAGAUCUGUCAAAAGCUUGACACGGUCUUAGUUCACUCUAAUUAAAUUAGUAAUAAACAAGUGAAAUCGAAUACAUAACUAAAAGUCGGGAUAUAGUAAUUAAUUGGUUUUGACUGGGGUAAAAUGUGUCCUAUAUGUCCGUUGUCCCAAAAUAGCUACAGUAAGUUCUUCACGUUUAGUUAAAAUCAUGUUAUUUUAUUUAUAACUAGAUGCAAGCGAAGGCGUGAGGGUAGUAGUAAUUAACUUAAUUUGUUUUUAACGCAUGUUAAAAUGUUUUGGUAUCCAAUUCUUGUGUAUUUCGUAUUUAAAUAAACAAUAAUGUUUAUGAAUAUAAUAAAAGAGUAUAUUCUAUUUAUUUUAUACAAUAAGUUUCUCAUGGGUGGCGUCACAGCUUAAUGCUCGAGGGACGGAUAGCAGUCUCUCUUAAUAAUAAUAAUUAUUUGCCAGAAACAUAUUUAAUUAAUAUGUGUUAUUGUGGAUAUUUAUUUAUAAUAAAAUAACUAAUAAUUUUAUAA